CUAAUAUAAAUACACAUACACAGACUUAUGUGUGGCUCUGUGUGUGUGCGUGCGUGUGAGAGAGAACGGGAACUAGCGUUCCCACUACUUUCAUUUUUUUUAAGUUUCAAAAACUCUAACAAACUUUAUUUCGCCGGGACAAAGACCUUUAUGUAAACACAUAUCUAAACUAUAUACGAUCCUAUUUAGCUGUCAGUUUCGUGUAUCAGUUGGGAAACUAGUUUUUUUUUAAAACAGAAAAUAUUCAAGGGCUUGGAAAGAUCCGCGGAGAUCUUGUGUGCAGAAGUUUUCGCUACCUCCCAUUGAUGCUUCUACAACAUGGGUGGUCUAUCCACUUUGGUGAGCUGUUGCUUAGCAGCUAAUAAUAGUAGAUGUUUGCUAAGUAAUUUUGCUUCUUCCUUAGCCAAUGGGAAUCCGGUAGAGAGGACUUUCCAUCAACUCCUUUUGAUGGGCUGUAGGCGGGUUUUUCUCUCCAAAUGUUGGAUGCCUGAGAUCGGGAACAGAAGUAAAGAUUGAGCUGAAAGAGUAUUUUUUUUUCAUUCCGUGGUGUUAGAAGGACGAGUAAAAAGGAGCGAGCGAGCGAGAGAGAGAGAGAGAGAGAGAGAGAAACUACACGUGGAUGUAGAGUCAAGAUCCUCAAGGAUUUCUGCGCGAAAUGUUGGAAUGGAAAUAUCAGGCUUUCGCUCAGGAAGAGACUAGGGACUCUCCAGCUGGUUUUCUUGUCACUUUUGUGGAAUUAUUGCUGUUGUUGUUGUUGUUGAACCAAACGAUCGGCGACUGGUUUCCAGCGACAUGACUUCGGUUUCUGACCUUGCCCGGAACGAUGGAGCCUCCUUGCCCCCGCGGUACAGCCACCGAGCCCCGGCCGUUUGCUUGGAUCUGCAGCGGAGACCUAGUUACUGCCACGCUGCCUUCGCAUUGAAGCAAAUCUCCAAGGGUAAGGCAGAAGGGCGCCGGGCUCCACUGUGGCUCCGAGCCCAUUUCCAGGCCCUGCUCUUCAGACUGGGCUGCAGCAUCCAGCAGCACUGUGGCAAGUUCCUCUUCAUUGGUCUCUUGGUCUUUGGAGCUUUUGCAGUUGGCCUGAGAGUUGCAAGCAUUGAGACGGAUAUCGAGCAGCUUUGGGUGGAAGUGGGAAGCCGAGUGAGUCGAGAGUUAAUGUACACACGGGAGAAACUGGGCGAGGAGACGAUCUUCACAACGCAGAUGCUGAUUCAAACCUCGAAGAAGGAAGGGGAGAAUAUCCUUACUCAGGAAGCAUUGCUCCAGCACCUGGAUGCUGCCCUUGCAGCCAGCAAAGUACAAGUCUUUCUCUAUGGAAAGUCCUGGGAUUUAAACAAAAUCUGUUACAAAUCUGGAGUGCCUAUCAUUGAGAAUGGAAUGAUUGAGCGAAUGAUUGAGAAGCUAUUCCCCUGUGUUAUUCUAACUCCCUUAGACUGCUUCUGGGAUGGUGCCAAGCUUCAAGGAGGUUCUGCCUACCUACCGGGUAAGCCAGAUAUUCAGUGGAUGAACCUUGACCCUGUGCAGCUCCUGGAUGAACUGGGGCAAUUUACAUCUUUGGAAGGAUUCAGGGAGAUGCUGGAUAAGGCACAAGUGGGACAUGCCUACAUGGACAGGCUCUGCUUACAACCAGAUGACACUGAAUGCCCCGUGUCUGCCCGAAACAAAAAAUCACUGGAGGCUCCUAACAUUCCCACUGAAUUAACUGGAGGCUGCCAUGGAUUCUCAAAGAAGUUCAUGCAUUGGCAAGAGGAGCUGAUUUUGGGUGGUGUCAAGAAAAAUUCCCAGAACGUACUGCUGAGUGCUGAAGCUCUUCAGACAAUGUAUCUGCUGAUGAGCCCUAAGCAACUUUAUGAACACUUCAAGGAUGAUUAUGAAAUCCAUGAUAUCAAUUGGAACCUGGAGAAGGCAACGGCCAUUUUGGAGAGCUGGCAACGGAAGUUUGUUGAGGUGGCUCACGAGACCCUGCCUCAGAACUCCACACAAAAUAUCCACGCCUUUUCCACCACCACCCUCAAUGAUAUCAUGAAGUCUUUUUCUGAUGUCAGUGCCAUCCGUGUCGCUGGAGGCUAUUUGCUAAUGUUGGCAUAUGCAUGUGUGACCAUGCUGAGGUGGGACUGCUCAAAGUCCCAAGGGGCUGUGGGUCUAGCCGGUGUCCUGUUGGUGGCAUUGUCAGUAGCGUCAGGACUGGGACUGUGUUCCCUUCUGGGCAUUUCCUUCAACGCUGCAACUACCCAGGUACUACCAUUUCUGGCCUUGGGUAUUGGUGUUGACGAUAUGUUUCUCCUGGCUCAUGCAUUCACAGAGACAGGUCAAAAUAAGAACAUUCCUUUCAAGGACAGAACAGGCGAGUGCUUGAGACGAACUGGGACCAGCGUCGCGCUCACAUCCAUUAAUAACAUGAUUGCUUUCUCGAUGGCUGCAUUAAUUCCCAUCCCUGCUCUUCGUGCCUUUUCCUUGCAGGCUGCAAUAGUCGUGGUUUUUAAUUUUGCCAUGGUGCUCCUCAUUUUUCCUGCCAUCUUAAGCUUGGACCUUCAUCGACGGGAAGACAAAAGACUGGACAUUUUCUGCUGCUUUUCCAGCCUCUGCUCAACGAGGGUAAUACAGGUCCAGCCACAGGAGUUUGCAGAUGCGAAUGAUAGCCACAACUUUCACCCUUCUCUGAAUGGAGGGCCAACAUUUAGCCACAGCACCCUGAUCACCACCACCGUGCAGGCCUUUACCCAGUGCGAUCCCACCGGACAGCACAUUGUCACCAUCAUUUCGCCAACAUCUCAGAUCUCCUCGACUCCUCCCGUCAUUGUGCCUCCAGCAGAGCACCUUGGCUCUCAGGGAAUGGACCCCACCAGCUCCACCCGGGACUUACUAGCUCAGGUGGACGAGGCAAAUGCCUGCAGGGAAUGUGUUCAGAUGCCCUUUGUCAAGUGGAACCUGGCGGAUUUUGCACGGGACAAGUAUGCUCCACUCCUUCUCAAGACGGAGUCCAAAAUUGUCGUGUUGGUCCUCUUCAUGGCCUUGCUCGGGAUGAGCCUUUAUGGAACUACCAUGGUUCAUGAUGGGCUGUACCUUACAGACAUUGUUCCUCGUGAAACCAAGGAGUACAAUUUUAUUGAAGCCCAGUUCAAGUAUUUCUCCUUCUACAACAUGUACAUCGUCUCCAUGGGAGGGUUUGAUUACGCUGCAUCCCAGACGUUGCUGUAUGACCUGCACAGGAGUUUCAAUGGCAUCAAAUACAUUGUCCGUGAAGAGGAUAAAGAGCUGCCAAAGAUGUGGUUGCAUUACAUUCAGGACUGGCUAAGAGGACUCCAGGCUGCAUUUGAUGAAGACUGGCGGACAGGCAAAAUUACCAGGGAGGGUUACCGUAAUGGUUCAGAAGAUGGUGUCCUUGCCUAUAAAUUACUCAUACAAACAGGAAACAAGAAAGAACCCUUCAACUACAACCAGUUGUCUUCAAGGCGUUUGGUGGAUGAGGAUGGAAUCAUCAACCCUGAUGUCUUCUACAUCUACCUGACGGUGUGGGUCAGCAAUGACCCCCUCGGCUAUGCUGCAUCUCAAGCUAACUUCAACCCCCACCCACCCGAAUGGAUUCACGAUAGAUAUGACACCACUGGAGAGAAUUUGAGAAUUCCCACUGCCGAGCUGAUCGAGUUUGCCCAGUUCCCGUUCUACCUGACUGGCCUGCAGCAGACCUCCGAUUUCAUUGAAGCUAUCGAGACCGUCAGAGCAAUAUGUGAGGAGUUUUCCAAGAAGGGUGUUCUCAGCUACCCCAAUGGUUACCCGUUCCUGUUCUGGGAGCAGUACAUCGGCCUGCGUCACUGGUUCCUGCUCACCAUCAGCAUCGUGUUGGCCUGCACCUUCCUGGUCUGCGCUCUUCUGCUGCUAAAUCCCUGGACUGCUGGCAUCAUUGUUUUUAUUCUGGCUAUGAUGACAGCCGAGCUGUUUGGUAUCAUGGGACUGAUGGGAAUCAAACUGAGUGCAAUCCCUGUCGUGAUCCUGAUUGCCUCUGUUGGAAUUGGAGUGGAAUUCACUGUCCAUGUAGCUCUGGGUUUCCUAACGGCCAUUGGGAACAGGAAUCUGCGUUCUGCAUCGGCACUGGAACACAUGUUUGCACCAGUGAUAGACGGGUCAAUCUCCACACUACUUGGGGUCUUGAUGUUGGCCGGUUCUGAGUUUGACUUCAUUAUUAGAUAUUUCUUUGCCGUUUUAACCAUAUUAACAAUAUUGGGCAUCCUUAAUGGUCUGGUUCUCCUUCCUGUUUUGCUCUCAGUCAUUGGACCCCCAGCUGAGGUCACUCCAGCAGAUAGAGGCAGUCAAUUGCCAACGCCUUCUCCUGAGCCCAUUCCUCCACCCAUGAAUCAUCACGGGUUCUACAUCCAUUCAUUCCCACAGCAGCAGAGCAUGUUUAAUGAGUCCUCUGACUCGGAAUAUUAUUCGGAAGCCACAGUGUCUGGGAUCAGCGAAGAGGACCUGCCACAGUUUGACCAGAGUGCGUACAUCAUCCCACCAAUUCGCUCACAGAUACUGGUGGAGUCUGGAAACAAUCCUAACUUUCCUCGAGUCACCAUUGUGAAGCCGUACAAAGAUGUCAAGGAUUUGCCGCACAAGAAGAAGAAUUUAAACUCAAAAGUACCAGCUCGAUCCACUGUUGAUUCGGUUAGUUCUCAACUGGCUUGGCAAGAACCUCAAGACUUAAAUAAAGCAGCAGGAGAGGGGAGGCAACAGGUCUCUAACAAUGGACUGCACAGCAGAAGCGUUGCUCAACCCAUCCAGCCUGCCAGUUCCUCCAGGAGUCAACACAGGUCUCGCAACAGUAGGACUCACCAUCCUAGGACUACACUUCCUUCAUACUCCACUGGUGUGUUUGGCUCCAGUAACCCUUUCACAACGGUGACUGCCACGGCAUCAGUGACACUCUCCGUGCACCCGAGUGUACCACAGACAUUUAAAGGGUACACACACGAAGGGUUUGAGGACAGCGAGUCAGACUGCUUUGAGAUACCUUCUCCGUAUGUGAAUCAUGAGAAAACAAUGGACUCCAAGGAGGAGCUUUUUGAACUUCAGGAUGCUGAAUGUGAAGUGAGGAAAUUGGAAGCCCCAAGAAGGCAUUAGGUCGCCUCAAAUGAAUGUGGCAGCCAAAGAAUGCUUUUAUUCCCCCGUCAUCACCCCAGUCCAUCGCAUAUCCCGACAUCCUCUGGCUCAAGAAAUGUGUAAAACUGCCUAUGUACAUAAACCUCAUGAUGGAGACAGGAAGAUUUAUAUUAAAAUAUUAAGUUGGUGUUUAAAUAUAUUUUAAUACUAAAAAAAUCAAAACAAAACAAACCUAUUUAAUGAUGUACUGUAUACUUCUGUAUUACUGUAUAUACUGUGUAAAGCACCGGAGAAUUCAGAGUCAGAGUUCCAAUGAAUGGUAAGAUGUGUAGACUGUGUACGAUGAAGAGAAUUUUUGUAACUUUGGGUUCAGAUAAAUGAUAAUUGCUUGAUUAUUUUGCUGCUAUGCCUUUUAAAACUUAAAAGUUUAUCUAGAUUAGAUUCUCUAUCCUGUCAGGAUUUUCUUUCUAUGCAAGUACCUAGUCGUCAUGAAAGAAGUUUGUUUUCACUUCAGAUUACCGUGGUUAUGGAAGUAAUUUGACUUUCUCCCAGUUCUGUGCGUGGGACCUACUGUAAUUCCCUUUUAAAUAAUUUAUUAGCUCAGAGUAAAUCCCAAUCUUACAAAAUAUCAAAAAUACUAACCAUAUUUACACCACACAGUACCUGCCAUAUUGCAAACUGAUUUUUUUUUUAGCCUUUACCCCAUUGAAUUAAUUUCUCCAGUGGAUGGUGUCACGAGCAUUUAAGCAACGAUAUAAUCUAAAUUGGUAACAUGGGUAUCGAUGUGAUAUUCAUGUCAUCCACAGCCAUAUAGUUCACAAAAUGGCUACUGCCCAUUGUCGGCUCUUUGGAUUGCUCAUUAACGCUGAAGCUGCAAAAAAAUUGGAUUUAGGCUUCGCUAAUGGGCUCACUGACUAAAUUAGUACAAUUUUGAUCAGUCUCAACUCCGUGCCUGGCAUUUGCUGAGUUAGUUGACGUAAACCGAGGCUGGUGAUAGUGCGUGUAGGAAGGAACAGCAGAUGCUGGUUUAAACCGAAGAUAGAUACAAAAAGCUGGAGUAACUCAGUGGGACAGGCAGCAUCUUUGGAGAGAAGGAAUGGGUGAUGUUUCAGGUCGAGACCCUUCUUCAGGCGUUACUGAGUUACUCCAGCUUUUUGUGUCUAUCUUUAGUGAUAGUGCGGCAGAAAUGGCAUCCAUUCUCUUUGAUUACUUGGGUGUUCUUGCCACUGAUUUACCAGUGGAUUCCGACAGAACUCUGCACAUGCUCGGAGAAGAUAGGAUUUAGCUCAGGAAUCAUAACCCAUGGCAAACAACCUCUCCAAGCCCCAUCACCAAAGCUCAAAAAUGAGCAAGUUGGUAAAAGAUGACUUGUGUUGCACGGAAUCAGAGCACAGCGGGGGAAACAUCAAGAAGUGGGAGGCAAGAAAAUUGACAAGAGAAAAAUCCUUUGUCAUUUUAGCCUAUGUGUGAGAGAAACAUACCAGAGAGAGAAAGAAGUAAUACAUUUUGAUGAGAGAGAUGAUGUACAGUGGGACAAAGCUCAUGCAGAGUAGAACCACAGGGACGAAACACUAGCCCAGGAGAACAGCAUUGCAUUUUAACAGUCUCACCACGAUCUUAGCUAAUUUAGCAUGGUCAGUGAAUCAGCUCAUGAUCCAAAGAGCCCAGCAAGCUAGUGCCUUAAUUACUCCAGCAAUUAAGGCAACUUCAGGCUUUUUCUUCAAGAGCUUUAAAUGCCAUCCCAUUAGCUCUCACUGCAGACUGGGAGUUUGAGCUGUUCUGUCAGCAUGAAUUAGUGGGAAAUGCGUGAUUUCAGGAUACUUAACAUUGAUUUUCCUGCUGCUAAAACCCUUAAUGUCCAGUAAACCGUGCAGGAUGUUAACUUGCUGAUCACAACAAUGAGAUUGUGCUUUUGCGCUUCUUUCAAUUUAACUAGAUCACUCAUAGGUGUGCUGUCCCCUUUUCAGAUUGGGGGGGGACACUUAUUUUCACCCUGGCAAUGCUGGAUUUCCCAGUAACAUCCUUUGUUAAGCCCCCUCUCCCCCUUAUGCUUGUGAGAAGCCGUAAACUUACGCUGACGUAAGUAGAGAUUUGAGUGUUUUCUGCACAAACACUGCCUUUGGUUCUGCGACGUCAGUGAAUUUGAUGUUUGCAAUACAGCACACCUAAAGGGCUGGGGUUUUCACUUUCACUUCCAUUUAGUCAGUCACAGGGUGAUGCAAAUAAUAAUGUGCCUAAUUUGCAGCCUUUCUUUGAGGCUCCUCUCGAUGCCAAGCUGAGGUCUGUUUUAAGAUGUGCACCACUGUCUCCUGUCCCAGUACCUGUUCUGAAUUUUCUCUUCUGUACAAAAAAAAAACAUUUGAAGAACAGGUACUUUGGAAAUCAACCUGCAAGCUUCCAAACACUGACUGUUUUAAAAUACUAAUAAUAGACUCCCCAACAGCUUGUAUUGCUACUGUGCCCACCAUCAAGCGGCAAUGUAUUCAGAUACCGAUCUAUAUGGUGAUCUGACUAGGCAUUUGACCUUAAUCAGAGGAAGCCCAUCUUUGUCACUCAGCAGAGUGAGAUGCUGUUUGGUUUGUUUCUCAUUCAGUUGCAUGAAUGCGAUUGAAAUGUCCCUUGUAUCAUCUACCCCGGUGUGCAUAUUCGCAGAACAUGCAACUUAUUCUUGUCAUCGCCACCAUUUUAAGUGCCAAGUGCUCUUUUUCCUGAACCAGACCGAGGAGAGUGGAGACUCGUAGCCAGUAAAAUGAAUGAAUGAGAGUGUUUUAAAUUAAUAGUUUUGAUUGUUGUUGUUUGGUGGUGUUAUAUUUAUAUUUUUGUACAAUAUGGAAAAGAAAACAGUGUUUGUCGCAGUGAUAUUUACCCAUAUUUCUCUGGAUCAUGCACUGACUCACGAUUUGAUUUUGCAAUUUAUACAGUAGCCCCAAGUACAGAUCACAGGAGCUGACUAGUCUAACUCUGCUGAAAUAAAUAGAAUCUGAAAUAAAUAGUAACUACUUGGUGGGGUUCAUAGUUACAUCUCUAACCAUCCAGAUUCAUCAAAUUCAGGCAAUUUUACGCCUGUUUACAAUGUCAUCAUUAAUAUUAUUAAUUUAUUAGAAAAUCCAAUAAAUAUUAAUAAUAGUUCAAACACAAGUAUUAAUAAUCACGUUUGAAUCAAACGGCGUAUUUCAGUUUUCAACAUUUCCCUCAACUAGUUUUGUUAAUUUUACUAAAUUGGUCUUUUUUUCAUAUUUUGUUUCACAUUUUCCUUAAUCUGCCCAGGUCUUGUAACUUGAACCCAACAGAAGAGUUAUAGAGUGAUACCGUGUGGAAACAGGCCCUUCGGCCCUACUUUCCCACACCGGCCAACAAUGUACCAGCUACACUAGUCCCACUUGCCUGUGCUUGGUCCAUAUCCCUCCAAACCUGUCCUAUCCAUGUAUCUGUCUAACUGUCUCUUAAACGAUGGGAUAUCCCAGCCUCAACUACCUCCUCUGGAAGCUUGUUCCAUACACACCACGCUUGGUGUGAAAAUGUUACCCCUCGGAUUCCUAUUAAAUCUUUUCCUCUUCACCAUGAACCUAUGUCCUCUGGUCCUCGAUUCCCCUGCUCUGGGCAAGAGUUAACCAAUAUAUCUUGUGAACAAUCCUAUCUCUUAGAUGAAUUUCUGUCAUUCAAAUCACUUGCAGAUUUCACCUAUUGGUUUGUUGUUUAAAAUUAUUCACUUAAAUAUGUCCUUGUUUUCCAUUUACUCCAUUUAAUAAAAACAGAAAAGGCAAUUUGUACACGUAAACAGGCAGGACAUAUUCGUGAGCUCAUGAGCUCACUGGAGUUUAUAACCGCAUAGAACCCUCAAUAAUCCCCUGAAUUGCAAGAUCUUAUGUUCUCCCCUUUUUUUCUUAUCCUGGUAGCCUUCCAUUAAUAUGGAGGGGUAGCAAGUCCACUGGGCAAGAGGCCUGGAGUGUAAUAUUGAUCAGCAUUUAAAGCCAUGGUUCAAGAGAACACUCUCAAGUCUUCUUUGAAGUGGCUUGUGAGCAACAAUUUGUGCUGCAUCCAAGUUUAGGAGAGGGGGAGCACUGAGACAUCUUGUUAACUGUAAAACUUCACUCUGCCAAAUACUGGGGGAUGUGCAACACAGAGGUACGGCCAUUCUGCCAGCUGAUGCUAGCCCAAUAGUUCCAUCCUUGAACCCAUUCGUGAGCACAGUAGCCGAUCCAGUGACUUAAGGAUUCAUCAUUGUGAUUGGUCUAAUCACUGCCAUUCCAACAAAUGCAGGGAAUUUUACUUUUGUUUUCUCUCUUUGAUUUUUUUUUUUUUUGCAAUUGUACUGAAGCAAAAAGGGGCUGCUUCAAGUUGAAAAGAAAACUGUUUUGUCAGUGGACAAAUGCUGUAACUGUCUAAAAGUGUGAGGGGGUGGUUGUGGAGAAGGAAACAAGAACUGUUUUAAUUGUAGGUUCCAUUAGAAAUGUAUGUUGUUUCUUUCUGUGAAAUAAAAUCUUGUAAAUUGUAGUUACUGUAGCAGAUAAGUAAAAUAUACCCACCACGUGAAAAAAAAUCUAAUCUGUUCAUGGGAGCUUUUUUUGGUGGUUGGGUAUAUGUAAUCAGUUAAACUAUUGUAUGCCAUAUAAGUUAUUUAUAUAAAUUUUUAUUUUUGUAGUUGUACAGAAGUAGCCAUCUGACUGAAGUAUAUUUUUAAAGAGUAAAUAUAUAUUAUUAUAUUAUAUAUUGUUAAUUGGGUUCAUUACUAAGGUCUGGUGGACACCUCUUGUAUACAUCUGCAGAGUGAAGGAUGUGUACAGAAUUGUUACUGUAUAUGUUGUCAUCUUGUUUUGUUACUGCUCCCCGCACCCUUCCCAUUCUUGUUAAAUGAGGUGAUGAAUUGGACAUCCGGACACUGUGACCAAUAAGCCUGCUCCUUGUGACUGUAAUACUGCCGUGUUUAGUCUCCAGCACAAUAGGAGAUUAACUAACAAAAUAAAAAUAAACAUGAACCAUUUAAUCUAA